CCCGCCCCCCCCCCGGGGGGCGCCGCGCCGAGUCCCGCGUGCCUGCGCGCCCCGGCAGGCGGGCGCCCGCUGUGCCCUUGCGGCGCAGGCGGCGGCGUGCGCCGCGGCGGGAGGCUGCAGUCGCCGCGGCGGGAGGCUGCAGUCGCCGCAGGAGCACGUAUGCGAAACAGCGGCUCAUUGUACAGUAAUUACAAAACGCAAUUGCAGAUAGGAAGGAUAGAGCCUGAAUUUUCUUUUACAAUUUUUUUUUCUUGUUUGAAAAUGCAUGCGGGCAGCCAGGUACUGAAAAUGAUUUCUCUUUCCACGCACAAGCUCACAAACGCGCUCAGUCCUUCCCGUCUGAGCAAGCGCGCCUGAGGGCCGCGGCCGCCCCGGCGGCACCUGCCAGCGCCGGGCAGGGCGGCGGAGCCGGCCCCGCGCGGAAGUAGGGGCGGGCGGGUCGGCCCUGCGGCCUCUCUGCCUGCUCCUCGCGGCUCGGGAGCGCGCCGGUACGCGCGGAAGCGCCGGCCCCGCCACCCGCCGCCGCCACCUCGCCGCCAGCACCGCUUUGUCCCGCUGCAGGCCGCCUCGGCCCCGGUGGACACCCGCCGCCGCACAGCGCGGCCGGGGCCGAGCGCGGCGCGCAGCGCACAGGGGCCCGCCCGCACGCCCCCCCACACACCCACACACACACAGUGACACACAGCGACACAAACGGAAGCGCAGCCCGAGCCGCCUCUGAGCCCGCCGCCGCGGAGGCCGCCCCGGCGCAGCGUGCAACAUGGCGCUGGUGCCCAGCCAGGUGCUGCGCGCCGCCAUCCUCCUGUCCUAUUGCUCCAUCCUGUGCAAUUACAAGGCCAUUGACAUGCCCGCGCAUCAGACCUAUGGAGGCAGCUGGAAAUUUCUGACCUUCAUAGACUUGGUUAUCCAGGCUGUCUUUUUUGGUAUCUGCGUAUUGACCGACCUUUCCAGUCUUCUCACCAAGGGAAAUGACAGCCAAGAACAAGAAAGGCAGCUGAAAAAGCUCAUUUCCCUCCGUGACUGGAUGAUGGCCGUUUUAGCUUUCCCCAUUGGAGUGUUUGUUGUGACGAUGUUUUGGAGCAUCUAUAUCUAUGACAGGGAGCUGGUUUACCCGAAGCUGCUUGAUAAUUUUAUACCAGCAUGGCUAAAUCAUGGAAUGCAUACAACAGUUUUGCCCUUUAUAUUAAUUGAGAUGAGAACAACACAUCAUCAGUAUCCCAGCAGGAGCUGUGGACUGGCUGCAGUAUGCACCUUUGCUGUUGGCUAUAUUUUAUGGGUGUGCUGGAUUCACCAUGUUACAGGAGUAUGGGUGUAUCCACUUCUUGAGUACCUCAGCCCAGGUGUCAAAAUAAUCUUUUUUGCAGCUGUUACCAUAAUAAUUAACAUUUUCUACUUGCUGGGAGAGGUUCUGAACAACUACAUCUGGGAUACCCAAAAAUGUAUUGAAGAAGGAAAAGAAAAGCCUAAAUUGGACUGAACAUUAAAUGCAGCAUGGAGGAUUUUUUUUGACUCCAUGGAAGAUUUCUCAUCACCGACAAAGGUUGGCAUGGAGAGGAAUAUUUUGGAAACAAGACAGUUUAAUGGGUCCUCUGCUCAAUGCAAGGUUAUUUUGGGGGGUUUCUAUGGAAUAAAAAUGAUUUUAGCUAAGAACGCUGAUUAUGUUUCAGCCUCCCUUCCUAUUUCUUCCUGGCUGCAUGUGACAUACACCCAUAGGAUGUAUAUUUAUCUCGACAGCAUUCUCAACAUGGAUUACUUGCAUCAGAUAAGUCAUUAAACCAUUAAGUCAUUAAGUUUUUCCACUUCCACCAAGAAGGAGUCCAUUCCUUGUAUCAUAUGAGAAAAGCUUAACCAGAUAGGUCCAAUAUGGGGAAAUAAAAUAAUGCUAUACUUCAAAGUACUGUGUAAAGAUAUAUUAAAAGUUAAUUGCAUGAAUGUAUCUGGAGAAGAAUUCAAUCUGACUGAAAUAUUAAUGUAAUUUUAUGUAACAGUUGCCUUAAAUUAGUGAUGUUUAUAAUUUUAUUAGUCCAAUCACAUUUUAUUUGCAGUGAUAGGCUAUCUGAAUAUGAUGGAACUUUUCUUAAAUAUACCUAAAUAAAAAUUACAUUAUCCCCA